AUGUCGGCGCUCCCGGUCGAAAGGCACGUCUCCGUGCGGCCCACCGUCACGGGCCAGGUGUCGAGGUUCACCGUGGAGCCCGAGCUGCCCGCCGGGCUGGCGCUGGAUUCCGAGACGGGCGAGGUGAGCGGCUGCGCGGAGGGCCCGUCCGCAAGGGCCACGUACAAGGUGACUGCAGAGAACGAGACGGGCAGCACCACUCUGGAAUUGACUUUCUCAGUGAAGUUGAUGAGACCAGAGUCGCUGUCGUACCCAGAGAAGAACAUCGAGUACACGGUUGGCCAGGACGUGAGUAUCGAGCCGUCGGUGCAUGGCCGCGUCUCCGCUUGGGCCGUGGAUCCUGCCCUGCCCGCGGGACUCUCGCUGGACAUCUCUACGGGCGUUGUGCGUGGCGUGCCGAAGGACCCAGCGGCCGCGGCCUCGUACAUUGUGACCGCCACGAACGAGGCCGGCGAGGCGUCGUUCGAGCUACGGAUGGCCGUGCGCGAGCCAGCGCCACAGGGACUUGCCUACCCCGAGUGUCUCGCCGAGUACUUCGUGGGCCAAGAGGUCUACAUGGCGCCCGAGCUGGAGACUGGCAACUGCGUCCACUUCUCGGUGGCAGG